CCGGGGCCCUUUAAAUCCCCGAUGGAGCCUGGCCACCCCUACGGAGCCCCAGGCCCUUUAAAGCUCUGCCAGAGCCCAGAGCCCCGGGGUAGCAGUGGCAUCCGGGAGCCCUUAGGGCUUCAAGGCCCCUCCUCUUCCAGUUGAGGCCACGCCCCCUGCUCAGGACUCCGUCGUAGCGGUAAGUCCUCUAACUUACUUUCACCCCUGAGCUUCUUACGCUUCAAGCACUGGGAUAGCACUGGAGGCUGGGAACAGUCACAGAGAGAUUACAGUUUGUUGCUUUCUGUUUGCUUAUUUCAAGUAAGGGAAACAGAAACAGUAAAUUAUAAAGAUGAGCAGCAGCCACAGAACUUCAAAGCGAGAGCUAGCCAGAUUGGAGAAAGAAGGGAGACAGAGAGAGCGAGCCAAGGAAAGCAUGGACAAGAGCAUCAGUGAGCCAUGGAGCUGAACCAACAGGCAGCAGCGGCUCACCAGCAAGCCCUGGAAGGCCGUUUGUGAGCGGCCCAGGUGGGAGCUGCUACAGAAGGGCAUCAUAAAGCACCCAAGGUUACAGGGGUGACACAGCUACUCAUUAGUCUGGAUUGUGCCCCGGAUUCCUGUGUGUACCACCCAGGUGUUCCAAUAUUCCAUGAUGCCCUGAAGGGCUGGUCUUGUUGCAAGAAACGAACCACAGACUUCUCAGAAUUCCUCUCUAUAAAGGCUUGUCUCUGGUCCCUCCCCUUAGGGCUGCAUGAAGGGGUGUCACAGCAAUGAGAAGCCCCCCGAGCCCUUCCGGCCAGAGGAUACCUCAGACAAGCUGAAGGCCAAGCCAAGCACAGAACUCAUCAUCCAAAGCCCAAAAUCAGCUGAGAAGAUGCAGCGUGAAAGGCCAAGCUCUGAUGAGCCAAGACAGCCGCUGCUGAUUAAAGUGUCCAGAUCUCUGGAGCAGACCCUGGAGAAGCUGAAGCUGGCCUCCAAAAACCAAUGCCCAGAGGGAGAUUCCUUGUGCAGGGCAGAGGCCAUUCCGGACGUCAGAACUGGCACCACCUGUAAGAACUCAGGCUGUAUGGCGAUCUACAAGGGGGCAGAGAAUGAGACGGAGGCUUGUAUUUUCCACCCAGGAGUUCCUGUCUUCCAUGAGGGUAUGAAGUACUGGAGUUGCUGUGGCAUUAAAACUACAGACUUCGGUGCGUUCCUGGAGCAAGAGGGCUGCAGCACUGGGAAACACAGCUGGCUAAAGAAGGAGGAUAAGAAGUUGGUUUCUUGUCGACAAGACUGGCAUCAAACCAGCAGCCAAGUGGUGGUGACGAUUUAUGCCAAGAAUCCUCUGCCAGCACUCAGCUCUGUGACGGCCAAUCGCACUGUGAUUGAUGUCCAUAUCAUGUUCGAAGGUGACAAGGUUUUCCAGGCAAAGCUGGAUCUCUGGGGGGUCAUUGAUGUACAGAAGAGCUUUGUAAACAUGGUGCCCACGAAAGUGGAAAUCGCCCUGCGAAAGACCAGCCCCAUGACCUGGCCCAAACUGGAGCAUCUCCAGAGCAGCUCUCAGCCCAGACAAGACCAGACUGAGAAAGAUCCUAUGGAUGCUGAGGACCCCGAAGGAGAGCAAUGGGAGGAGUCAGAUGACAGCUUGAGCUGGUCAGAGGAGGGAGAUGAGGAGGGGGAGGAAGGAGCAGUAAGCAAAUGACAUUCAUGUAGCAUCUUCAAAAGAGAGAUUGAAGCCUCUUUCUUUCAAAGACAAGCACAUGGGACCCCAGAACCAUCUGCAGGUGAGCAGAUUGAAUUAUCUGGAGACUGAGGGCCAGCUCUGAAUUUAAAGCUGCUAGAGACACUGCCUCCCAAGUGUAAAGAGUUUAGCUCACCUAUGUCUCUCUGGCAUUGUCUACAGUGGGAUAUUUCUUGUACACUGGGGAGGAAGUUAAAUAGCAGCUACUAAAGUUUGACAUUUUUAAAUCAGCAUCCAGGUGUUUUAAAAGAACUGGCUGAGGACCUCACUGGACUGUUAAUGUUAAUUUUCAUUAAGUCCUGAAACACUGGGGAAGUUCCAAAACGCUGGAAGAAAGCUAAUGUUGUGCCAGUAUCCACAAGGGUAAACCAUAUAACCUGGGUAAUUAUGGGCCUGCCAGUAUGACAUUGAUCCCAGGAAAGAUAAGGGAGCGGCUGAUGUGGGACUUUAUUAAUAAAAAAUUAAAGGAGAGUAAUGUAAUGAAUGCCAAUCAGGAUGGGUUUAUGGAAACUAGAUCCUGUUAAGACUAAUUUGAUAUCUUUCUUGAAUGAGAUUACAAGUUUUGUUGAUAAAGGUAAUAGUGUACCACAUAACAUUUUGAUUAAAAAAUUGGAAUGAUAUUAAGAGGGCACACAUAAAACGGAUUAAAAGCUAGCUAACUGA